GCCAGGCAGGUGCGGCGGGAGCAUGCGCGUGCGCGGCGGGGGCGUUUCCCGCGCCCCGGGCCGGUGCACCUCGCGGGCGGCUGCUGCGGGGCGCUAGAGACAACUCUGCUAAGGAGCGCUGAAGUGGCGAUGAGACAGCCCAACCGGAAGCGGAAGCUCAUCAUGGAGUCCAAAGAGCACGUGACUCAGGACGGGUGCUUGGGGCAAACUGAAGAAGAAAAGAAGCCCAGAGGAGGUGCCACAGUUUUAAGCCAAGAACCUUCUGUGACUACAGGGGAAACCUGGUCCUGGGAGCAGUACUUAAAAGACUGGAGUGCUGUGGCCGCGCCGGUUGAGCUGUUUUCCAAGGACCAAUCCUUUCCAGAGCAUGGAAAUGGCUUUCAGGUUGGGAUGCGAUUAGAAGGCAUCGAUCCCCGGCGUCCAUCUGUAUUCUGUGCGCUUUCUGUAGCCGAGGUGUGUGGUUACCGGCUGAGACUGCAUUUUGAUGGUUAUUUAAGCUGCUAUGAUUUUUGGACCAAUGCUGGUUCCCCUGACAUUCACCCAGUGGGGUGGUGUGAAAAGACCAAGCACGAAUUGCAUAUCCCUAAGGGUUAUAGAAAAGAUAAAAUUGUUUGGAUGGAUUAUUUGAAGGCCUGUAGAUUGCAAAAUGCUCCUAAGAAAUUAUUCAGAAACAGAAGUCCUAAUGGGCCAGUGCCAAAGGAGCUUCAGGUCGGAAUGAAGCUGGAGGCUGUGGACAGAAGGAACCCUCGCUUGGUAUGUGUGGCGACCAUCGCAGACAUCGUGGAAGACCGUGUACGAGUGCAUUUGGACGACUGGGAUGAUGGCCUUGAUUACUGGUGUGAUGUUAACAGUCCUUAUGUCCAGCCAGCUGGUUGGUGUCAGGAGAAUGGAAGAACUCUGGUAGCACCCCAAGGUUAUCCUGAUCCAGAAAAGUUUUCCUGGACAGACUAUCUGGAAGCUACUCAAACAAACGCGGUGCCUGCUGGAGUUUUUAACACGAGGGCUCCACAUGGCUUUUUGCCAAACAUGAAGCUGGAAGCUGUGGACAAAAGAAACCCCCAGUUAAUUCGUGUCGCCACCAUUAUAGAUGUUGAUGAGUACAGAGUAAAGAUUCAUUUUGAUGGCUGGGACCAUAAAUACGACUACUGGAUGGACGCUGACAGCCCUGACAUUCACCCCAUUGGGUGGUGUGACGUGACAGGGCACCCACUGGAAGUACCAUAUGGGGCACAUGACGUGAAAAUCCUUCCAGGUCAAGCUGUAUGUCCAACUCCUGGGUGCCGAGGAAUAGGCCAUAUCCGUGGCCCACGUUAUGCAGGACACCACAGUGCUUUCGGAUGCCCAUACUCAGACAUGAACUUGAAGAGGGAGGUGACACUUCAGGACCGCCUGAGAGACCAAACAGGGACAAAUCUGGAAUCAGAGUCUUCACAUUCCAAAUCAGAAAACAUCCGCGAUUUGAAUUUCAAUGGAAAAUGUGAAAAGAUGAACAGUCAGUCCAGACUUGUACAGCAGGCAAAGUGUUUGAAAAUCAAAGGAAAAGAAGAUAUUGACUUGGAUAAUCUCUUCAGAGAAUACUCAGCUGAACAGGCACAGCGAGUGCUUCACCGGUCGGUCUUUAUGACGUCCAUGUCAGCUCACCCUUUCCGAGACCUCCCCCUGGGCUGGGAGCAGCACUGCAAGCUGCUUCCAGGUGUGGCUGAUAUCCAAGCCAGCCAAGUGGCCAGGUGGACAGUGGACGAGGUGGCUGAGUUUGUACAGUCUCUUCUGGGCUGUGAAGAACAUGCCAAGUGCUUCAAGAAAGAGCAGAUAGAUGGCAAAGCCUUCCUGCUUCUGACCCAGGCAGACAUCGUUAAAGUGAUGAAGAUCAAGCUGGGCCCAGCACUGAAGAUUUAUAAUUCUAUCCUGAUGUUCAGGAACUCCCAGGAUGUCACUGAAGAUGAUGUUGCCUCGGGCCCAGAAGCCAGGAGAUAAACGUGCUCCUGAACAUCCUCUGAUACUGGGACUUGUGCCUUCGGAAACAUGGUUGGCCGCCAAUGUCCCCAUGGUCAUACCCUUUAAAGUGUUUGGUUUAGGUGUAUGGAAGACUUUGGCAAAUGGUGAAAUGCCAAUGACUCAGACACUUAGUUAGGUCCAAGUGUUGGUUUGGGUGCCAUCCUUACUGCAACAAACAGACAGACUGAAGAAGCUGUCCACAUGUCUGUCCUCUACCCCCCCCCCUCGAGAGAGAGAGAGGGGGGGAGGAGAGAGAGAGAGAGAGAGAGAGAGAGAGAGAGAGAGAGAGAGAGAGAGAGGGAGGGAGAGAGAACCACUCUCCAUUCUGCAAGCGUUAAGUGUCUCAAGUGGUAAAAUGCCAGAUAAUCAAUUCAUUAAUCCAUCAUUAAUGCGUUCAACACAAACACAUCCAAGCACAGCUCACAUCUAUCAUCUAGGUGUGGCGAGUCUAAGAGAUGGGAGCCUGGUGCUUCCAAGAAGACUCCUGAGGUUUCUGUGCCCUUAACUCAGGAAAGUAUGAAUCUUUUAUAAAGUGCUAAUAUGCACAUUGUUUUCUUAAUGCUCACUUUUAUUCCUUUCACCAUUCCUUGGUUAUGGUUCCAAGGUGCCCCGGAGCCUACUCCGAGGAGUGUGCCUAGAAGUAGCAGCAGAGUAGUUGGGCAUUUCAGGAACCAGAUGAGGUCCACCAGAGGACCUGCCAUCAGGGCUGUCUCCAGAGUUUGUUCUAACAACGGCAUUGGCCAAUGACCCACUUGAAUGAACUCCUUUCUGUUCCCACUCUGAUGAAACAAACUUCAGAACGAACUCCUCCCUCAUCUGUUGAUGCUGGAGCAAGUGUGUCAGGUUCUGGUUUCAUCUCCAGAGGCAUGGCAGCAGGGCGGAGGACCUCCAGAGAGCAGUUCAGGAUCUGUUGUUUGGCUGAAUUCUUCUGACCCGUUCUCAGACUUCCGUCAUGUUUUAGAAGUGAGUGUGUCUGAGGUUGGAGCUGUGAACAGAUCACGUCAUAAUUAUGAAAAAGAAGAACCCCAAGUCUACAACUGUUUCUGCUCUUUCACAUAGUAGCAUCUACAACUGCCUUCCUGGAAGCAAGACUCAUCCUUUAGGGGUGGGAACCAAAGGGGAAGCCAUGAGAAAGAAGCAGAUCUGACAACAUCUUUCUGCUACAUUAGUAACAUUCUCAAUUUAACGAAGUUGAUUCUGCCCAGUGAAUUUCUUUAACUUUAGGUCACUGAAGAAGAAAAAAACUUGAAAGCAUAUAUAUUGCAUUCUUUAAAUGCUUACCUAAACGUAAAUUUAAUAUACUAUCAGGUGAUGUAAAUUUGUUUCUGUGAUGUUUUGUUUUUCUCUUUUUUUGGAGACUUCCACAUGCAAUAAAAAUUCCUGCUUCUACUGUUAAAGUUUUAAUAUAUUUUAAAUGUUAAUAAAUACAUAAAAAGCAGCCUCUCUUUGUCUUACUGGAUGUGUGAUCAUAGCCUGUGCCUGCCUUACAGUCUGGGGUCUGUUUCUUUUCCUCAGCUGUGGAAGAACAGAGGUAAUUGUCUGCAUUGGCCAGCAGAGGAACUUGCUGGUUUUGACUGCUGUGUUCUCUUAGGGAAACAGUUAAGAUAUUAAUAGUGUGAGAGA